GACAGACGCUGUAGCUGUAGUGGGGGAAGGGGUCGCUGAAGUUGAUGGAACCGCCAUCUUGAAAAGUGCCCUCCGAUGAUCUCCCUUUUCGCGCCUGUCAGAAUCAGUUUAAAACGCUUUAUUUUCCUUCCCGGAUUUCCUUGUUGUUUCUGUGUCCGUUUUGUAAAGACCUGGGGCUGAUGGCAAGAUAAACUACAUGCUGGAGACUCGCCGUUUACCGCUGUUUAUCGGUAGGUACACUUGCCAACCCAUGCACUUGGUCGGUGCUGAAGAUUAGCCAGCAGUCUUCAGUAGCCGGCUAACGUUAGCUGGCUAUCAAGGAGCAGACUUGGCCAUCUUAACUCUGUGCUGUCAGACUGAGCUGCUGCUGCUGCUGCUGCUGCUGCUGUACCCCAGCCUGUAGAGGGGAAAUGCAGAUCAGUGUUACUGUUUACCGCGGAGCCGUUUUGUUGUUUGGCUGACUGAUUAAUGAACCGAUUAACCGCAGUCUCUUUUCUCCCUGUUACCGACCAAAUUGACCGAGUCUAAUGAGAGUCAGAUCCUAGUUUUAACUGACCAGGUUAGCUAACAAUAGCUAACGCUAGCGCCUGACGUUAGCCAGUAUUUCUCACCCGGUGUGUUUCUGCUGCACUAGCGGUGUUCAGGGCCCUGCUGUGUAGAUGGUCAGACGUUACUGUGAACAUAAUGUUUUUCAAGUAAAAUGAAAAUAACGCAAUUGUGCGUGAAUUCGCUCGAGCUACGACAUAAUUUGUAUGUUAAACGCCUCCAGUGUCUUGUAUUUGGCUGAAGUUCACGCCAGUAAUUUUCUGACGUUAUUGGGUUUGAUAUAUUGUUUCGGCCUUUACCACUAUACUGGGUUAACCCUCGGUCAAUUGGUAAAAUGAGAAAAAUAGCGAAAUAAAUCAUUGUAAUUUACGGUUGCUAAGCUACCACAUUCUGAUGAAGAAUUGCGUCUUUACUUUUCGCUGGUUUUAGGUUAAGCAGCUGAACCGUAUUAUCGUACAAACCCGUGAAUUGGCUCAAACGCCUCUGUUAAUUUAUGUAAGAAAACGACGUUUUCCCUCCACUAGGCUGAACAAUCUCUCAGGUAAACUUAAAUGUCGUCAGCCAGUAAAUAUGUUUUGGUUUUUUAACAGCGGGUGUUCAUUCAGGCCAAGGGAAGGAAAGUUUGUUUUCCUCCAUGACGCGGAAUGCUGUAUAGUUUACGGCCUUUAGGAUGUCUCUCUUUCAUAUUGUUGCUUGCGGAGACUAAUUAUAGGAUCACUACCAUAAAGGGAUUUUUAAGAGAAAGCAUCGACUCAUUUUAACAAUGUGAAUGACUUAACAUCAACUAGCCAUAACAUUAUGAAUACCCAGGUAACCUUAUGCAACCCUAGACCUUUAACAAAGCCUCUACGUAUUUUUAGUUUUGACAUGGUGAGAUUGAUAAUUGGUAUUUAAAAUUGGUUGUUGAAAUUACAAUAGGUGCUGAUGGUGAACAAGAGUGCAUUAUGUUUAAAGCUGUUCUGAAUAAUUUGCUGUCAUCGUGACUGUUAAUAAGGUGAACAGAACCGAAACAAAACCAAACACUCCAGGAAACCACCACCACCCACUGUGUCUUAAAUUAUUAAUAAAUUAGGUACAGUAAUGACAGCUCUGAUCAUGUCAGCAAAAAUUUGAAAUGUAGAAGCUUUUUUGGAGUAGAAUUUAGGAUAGACUCAUUGGAUUGGAUUUCUUAGGUCUCCCAAGAUGUCAUGGCUGGUCUGUGUAUGAUUUUGUAGAAAUAAUUUUGCCUGUAUUGGACAUAUAAUGCUUGAACAAAUAAAAAGAAAACAAAAAAGUAACACUAAAUGAAUAUACCUGGGAUCUGACGUAGCUUUGACUCUACAGCAGCAGGUGCCUGUAUUUAUUGAAUGAACUUUUAAUGCAACACAAUCUCAUUCUUUUCUGAUACAAGCAGGAAUAUGACGUAUGCGUUACUGCACCUGCCCCAUGCAGAAUAUCCCUGCUGUGUUUACAAACACAAGAAAAGGAAACAGUAAUGGGUUUAAAGCUGAGAGUUAAAGACUGGUUUUUGACACAUGUCAGUGACCCAAUUUGUUAAAGGUCUGUAUUUGGCAACUUGUGAGAAAUACAAUUUCCCUCCAUUUUUUAAAUUGUUAAACAAGCUGGCAUAUUUUUGAGUGAGACUUCAGAGCAAACAUAAUUCUUAAAUUCUGUUAGGGAUUUAGGACUAGAUUAUAAUGUACCCUUGAAGAAAUUUGUUACCUUUGUUUCAUUUAUAGUUAGAUUUUGGAUUUUAACAAUUCCAUAAAAUUCCCCUGACAGACUAUCCCAUUGCCUCAUUGCUGUCCGCUCAUGAAAAAGAUCCCAUGAGCACUUGAGCUUGUCAAAGAAAUCACGUUUCUGGAGUUGAAGUCUAGCCGUACUUACUGGGAUUCACUUAAUCCCUCCCUGAUUGCUCACACUGGCUCUAAUUAAAGAAUCCAUGCUUUAUGUGAAGCAUUUUCUCGUGAAGCUUAGCCAUUGUAACUUGUGUUGCUGCUUAGGGCUGUGAAAUACUGUCAUUAUUUGUUCACUGCUUGUAACAGUGAGGUCUUUUUUCAACCCUUCUCACCCAGAACAUUACCUAUGUUCUUAUGAUUCCUGUUACAUUUGACUUUAGUCAAUCAAACUCAUCUGCUAAGCAUGCACAGAGCUGAUUAGAUGUUCAUAAAAAAUGGAACAUAUUUGCAUUGAUUGAUGUCUCUUACCAUGGAUACAGAGCUAUCACAUAGCCUGAAUAUAGCUGAAUCCAUCCCCUUUUGUUGUUCGAUAAGGGUGAGCAACUGGUGCUUUAGUGCUGAGGUUCUCAAGUCCAGUCCUCGAGGCCCCCUGUCCUGCAUGUCUUGGAUGUUUCCCUGCUCCAACACACCUGUUUCAAAUGAUUAGCUCGUUAUUAAGCCAUUACAGAGCUUGAUAACGAGCUAAUCAUUUGAAUCAGGUGUGUUGGAGCAGGGAAACAUCCAAAACAUGCAGGACAGUGGGCCUCGAGGCCUGGACUUGAGAACCACUGCUUUAGUGCAUGGACAACAGUGUUCAUCAGGUUUAUCGAGUAACACAUUUUUGUCCCAUAUUUUUCUUGUUUUAUAAUGAGUGACCCUGCUCUCUGAGAAAAGGUCAGUUUUUUUGACAUAAUUAAAAAAUAAUCUGAAUGUCUUUACCCAGCUGCUCAGAAAAAAAGAUACAUUCAAACCACUGCCUAUUACACAAGUGUUUCAAGCCAGACAGACACAACUUUAUCCAAUUUGACAGGUAGAAUAAUAACUAGCAGGCAUAAGUGUAAUGUUUAGAACUUUUUAGACAAAGUAAGUAAAAAAAAUGUCGAGUGUAAGCUAUGUAACAGUUAACACAUGUUAACAUAGGCCUCGUAGUUCAAUGAUUAACCAUUUCUCAAGCACAUGUACGAAAUUGAGCAAACACUAACAGGUGAGCUCUAAUCAGUUCUUACACUGGCAGUGCUGGCAUGAGUGUUGGGUAGGGCAGUGGAGAUUAAUCAGCUCCUCACGAAAAUGGUGACUUGAGAUCUUCUGUUAAACUUUCUGGAUGGUCAAAUCCUUCAUGAGCUGAUGGUGUCGGUUGUACCAGAGCACAAACUACUAUGGCCAUUGACAGUCGCUUAGCAGAGAGCAUGGCAGCCCACAUCAGUGCUGUUUGAGACUAAUGUGACUUUAACAAGCCAGUGUCUCUUUUUUUAUGAGCACUGGAGUAUUUUGUUGAUUGAAUUUAUCACACAAAAUUGAAACCAGUAUACCCUUCCUCUUUGUUUACUAACAAAUAUGAUUGUGAUAUUGUUUGCUUUCUCACUAAAUUUCCAGUGAGCCCUGAAAAGAGCAUUCUUAUGAUUUAAAAGUCUUUACCUGUAGUCAGACAUGAACAUGGCUUGGCUGUGAUUAGGCUGAACCUGUAAAGUUCCAGUAUUUAGUUAACAGGAUGACUGAAUCUCCCUGCUCCUCAUCCGUUACUCCAUGAAAUUUAAAUAGAGAUAUCUGAAAGGGAAUGCCCAAUGUCAUGCAGUGUCAUAUUGGUGUUUCAGUACACGCCCGAUUAUGAGGUUGAGGAAGCAUGAGAGGCUCUGCUUGGCAACACCACAGGAAAACACACUCAGACAUACACACACAGUGCUGUUCUGCCCUGCCAGCCCAAAUGCUACACUCUCCCACCGCCUCCCUCCUGUUAUGCCUCUGUUACUACAUGAUCACAGUCUGAAUAACCUUGCCCCACUUUUUUGCCCUCGUGGAUCACACAUUUUUAUUUUGCUUUGAAAUAGUGCUAUGCAUGAGCUGAUAAGGGAACUGAUCACGUACUUGCAUCUCUGGAAAGUGAAAACUGUUAUGCUCGGGUCAAGGUGUAUGUGGGGCCUGAAUUCAUUUCGACAGGUCACAGAUAAGCCAUUCAUUUUUUGCCUGGGUUUUUUAUUUUUAUUUAUUGAAGCACGAUCAGGAACCGUGGCAUUGACUCACUGUUGCUGGCAGUUGCUAAGUAGUGUUCCUGUCAAUAAUCUAUGCAAUUUGUAAUUAAGAGCAAUAAACUAUUUCAAUACCCAGAGGAAGCAGAGUACUGUCCUUUAACAACAUGCCUCCAUGUUAUUUUUUUGUCUGCCCCUCAUAGGUGUGUGCUGUUGAACUGCUGUAUGUUUGCUGCUUGUCAGUUUGUCCAUCACCGCUGUCUGUCUGUCCGGCUAGCCUGGAAUGGGCCACAACUCCCAAAGACUAAAACACACCUCUUUAUAGCCUGAGCUCCACCCUCUGGACUCCAACACACCCACAGGUAGGAAGAAGACUAAUCUCACAGUUAAUCAUUAAAGUCAUCUAUGUUGUGUGCUGAUAACCUCAGAUGAAAGGUCCCAUAUUUAUCUUUUAAUGUGAGGACUUGCCUUGUUUGUUUCAGAGCCAAAAUGUUUUGGAAGUUUGACCUUCACACCACGUCACACAUUGACACAUUGUUAGAGAAGGAGGAUGUGACGCUGACGGAGGUGAUGGAUGAAGACGACGUCCUGCAGGAGUGCAAGGCCCAGAACCAUAAACUGGUUGACUUCCUGCUGAGACCACAGUGCAUGGAGGACCUGGUCACAUUCAUUACACAGGAACCCAGUACUGAUGUUGAGGAAAAGGUUAAAUACAAGUAAGAGAAAGCUGUAAAAACGAUAUGGUGGAUGCAUUGACAACUGCUUAAACAUCACUUUUGGAUCUUGCCUCCCAUUUGUGAUAAUAUACUGUCAGUGCGCUGAGCUGUCUGUGGAUUUGGUAGCUCCGAAAUCAGAGUCCAGUUGUAGACUUGCUCAGAGGAAAGCAAAAGCUGUCCAUAAAAUGUUAAUUGUUAGGGUUAAUCUUUUAAUUCAAGGUCUUCAUAUCACUUAAUGCAGUGAAAAAUUAUUUUGAGAAUCAGAGUCACACAUUCCCGUCUAAAGGCUACAGAAAGUAUAAGCUCUACCCAGUGUUUCCCACACAUUCAUUAAUUGGUGGCAGCCUGCCACAAAUAGAUUUUUGUGCUUUUGGCGCUAUCUCAAACUCAGAAUGUAUCAGUAUAUGUUGCGCAUACAGGCUCUGCAACACAGAGCGUGCUGAGUAUUAGCGAGUUGUUGUCUGCAAUCACACAGCAGAUCAAUCAAUCCACUGGUCACUUGUAAACAAAAGAAUAUAGAUAAGAACAGUUAUGUUUUUUGUGACAGUAUAGGGUUGGGAUGAUCUCAGACUGCAUUUGUUAAUAUCACUCUAAGAUGCUUGGGCACGUGAAUUGAGUAGAGCUGCAACUUGGCAUCAAUUUUAGGGAAACAUUGGAUGAAUAGCACUUUUUUGGCAUCUAACAGCAGCUUGUUGGAGCAGUCAGGAUAUUUCAAGUCCAGUAAUGGCACUGUAUACUUCUAUUGUAAAUGUUGUAUUGUAAAAUUAUAAGAGCAAUGUUUGUCAUCUGCCAGGUAUCCCAACAUAUCCUGUGAGCUGCUUACAUCAGAUGUGAGUCAGAUCAACGACAGACUGGGAGAAGACGACAAACUGCUGAUGAAACUGUACGGCUUCCUUCAGAAUGAGCCGCCUCUCAACCCGCUCUUGGCCAGCUUCUUUUCCAAGGUUCUCUCCAUUCUUAUAGGACGCAAGCCUGAACAGGUAAGAAAGCCAGACCAGGGUGUUGUUUGUUUGAGAGUUUGAAGAAAGUAAAAACAAAACAUCAGAAUCACCAGUAAUGUCUUCUUUUUCUUGGCCAGACUUCAUAUUUUAGACCCCAUUGAUCCAGUAGUUGAUUGAUUGUAGUUGUAGUUGAUUCUCAGAAAAAAAAGUGAAACCCUAUUUCAUGUCAAUAUAUUUUUUUUUUGUAGAUUGUGGAUUUUCUACGGAAGCGUGAGGACUUUGUAGACUUGAUGAUCAAACACAUCGGGACUUCUGCCAUCAUGGACCUGCUGCUCCGAAUGCUCACCUGCAUUGAGCCACAGCAGCUUCGGCAGGACGUUCUUAAUGUAAGUAAUGGCACAAUACUUCCACGCUGGGUUAAAAAUGGUUUCCAUGACCACCACAACCCUAAGCAGCAGGCCAACUAAUUCAAUUGUGCUCACUGUGAUCUGGCAUGGCUCAGGAAACAUUUCCAGAGAACAAUUAACAUUGGGUGCUGUCUGCUUCUGGUCCUUAGUGACACAUCACUAAAUGAAGCCUCUUUUACUUGGACAAGCCAAGUAGGUCCUGAAAUGCGCUAAAGUUGGCUCUGUGUUAGUUUGUCCAAAAUAAAAGGUCUCUUUAAUCGAAGGAUUUCAUACAGCAGCUCUCUUGAGUGAUAUAUCUUUCAGUGUUUUGCCCUGGACACCAUGAAAUGCCAGCCUUACAGCCAUUGCCAACCCCUAGUAAUGAAUAAUGAUGUGAUAGAAAUAAAAGUUUAAAAUCAAAGGAUGCCUUGUUAAAGCUUCCAUCAGGAGCUUUUAGCUGGUUUGGCUCCUGAAACAGUCUUGAUUUACAAUUUCGAUAAAUAUGAACAGUGAGUUAAAGGCUUGACAGUUAAAAGAACCUAAAAAAUAUUUUUAUUUGCCAAAUAAUUGCUUAGGACAAGAUCUGCAAAAAGAUGAGAUGUACAUCUUUGAGCACAAGAGAUACAGUAUUAGUUGUACGAUUGCAGAGGAUGAGAGGCUGUAUUAAGACCAACAACUCAAAGUAUGAAUAUGUAAAAGGAUUGGGUAAAUAAAAGAAAACAGAGUGAACACAAAACAGUAACCCCCCUUUUUUUUUCUUAGGAUUGUGUUUUUCUUUUUUAAAUUUUAACCCUUUCCUCUCUGUAUGGUCUUUCAGUGGCUGAAUGAAGAAAAGGUGAUUCAGAGACUGGUGGACAUGGUGCAGCCAUGUCAAGACGAGGAUGUGAGUACCAAACGCAUUUCAUUAUUCUUUCAUUGGCUGAAUGAAGGUGAAAGUCAUCUGUAGUGUCUUGAUAAACACGGGAACAAUCUGUCAUGAUUUGACAAAACUUCUGAAUUCAAACACUAUCCAGAGAUUUGACUCUUUCAGAGUUAUUAGAAAGAAUGAAACCUCAUCCAUGGUUAUCAUUUCUGUGCUGUUAUUCUGUCUGACAUCAGGUGAAGUUUCUGCCAUAAUGAGUGAAGUUGUGUCCCCUGCAGCUGUCUUUCUGUCAGAGCUGCAGUGCUGCCACCUAGCUCAGGACAAAACCUGAAUGACAGACAGAUGCACUGCCUUUUUUUGCAAACAAGAAAAAAUAUUCAUUUAAAAAUUCAAAUGUCUAUUUUAAAUAGACUGGAAUAUUCAGGGAUUCUUUAGUGUAUUAAUGUAUUUUCCAUCCAUGAAAAAGAGUUGUAUAAGUGCUAAUGGCAUGCUUGUCUCAUGAGCCCUGCAUAUAGAUUACCUUACAUUUAACAACAAACUGUGGCCAGUACUAAUGUUAAGUGUAAACAUGUCUGUGGACAUCAGGACUUUUAUUAGAAAAUUAAAUGUUCAAAGUGUCAAAUAAUGACAGACUUUCUUUUCUUGACUCAGAGACACUCCAAUGCCUCCCAGUCCCUGUGUGAGAUCAUCAGACUGAGCAGAGACCAGAUGUUCCAGGUCCAGGGCUGCUCAGAGCCCGACCCACUUCUAGCAACACUUGAAAAGUAUGCAUGUGUUAAUCUCUGAGAACUCUUGCAGUCACUUUGAAGCAGAAUGAAGCUCAUUUCCACUGUGAUUCACUCUCAUAAGCUUGGUCUGUGGGGCAUGUUAUAACCUAAGAUUUAUACUUUUCAUUAAUUUUAAAUCUUUGUGUAAUAAAAAAUGUAGUUGGCAAACUAUGCCUGAUAGAUGUUGCCUAAGCUCUGAAGGUCAUCAAUGGCUUUGAAGGUUAUUCUCUUACCAUUUGCCUGUGUCCUCCUCAGGCAGGAGACGGUGGAGCAGCUGCUGGGUAAUAUCUUCGACAAGGAGAAAAAUGAAUCUGCAAUCGUCAGUGUUAUCCAGAUCCUUCUCACGUUGUUUGAGACCAGAAGACCAGCGUAUGUUCUGUGGCCUCAGCCUCUUUAUAUACUUUAAUAUUUUACAUCAAAUUAAAGAGUGAUGAUAAGAUUGUAUCUUGUAGAUUUAAAGCCCAAAGCGAGCAGAUCUGAUUUUAAAACUGCGAGUAGGAAUCGUUGUUAAUUUACUAUGGACAACUCUACGGCACAGACUUAAAAGGACUGUGGUCACAAUUAUGUAAUAGCAAAUGUGUUGAAAUCAUUAAAAAACAGUAUAUAUAUUAUAAUUCUGCCCACAUUUCAAGUUUGCAUCAAAUAUUAUAGCCCCAAUAAAAAUGGAUCACAAAAGAAAAUGAUAGCUCCCCCCACAUUAGAACCUUAAGUGUUACAAAUAGUUAAAGGAGAGCACUGUUCAUUAGAUGCUAAAUAGACUAGGCACUACAACAUGUGUUGAGAUGGUUCAUUUGGUCAUGCUUUUAUUGCUUCAGGUUCGAGGGUCACAUGGAUUGCCCCCCUGGGAUGUCCCACCCUUCUUUCUCAGUCAACCACAGCAUCCUAGAGGCUGUAAGACCCCGACUCAAAGACUUUCAUCAGCUGCUACUGGAGCCCCCAAAGGUAAAAACCAGCCAGACAGUUGUCAGUGGUUAGUCGAUCAAAUGCACCAAGUUUUGGCCGACAUGGUCCUGUUAGUUUAAAUAAAAUCAAGUUUAUUAAGUUUAACCCGAGACGUCUGUUCUCAAUCAACAGAGGAAUGUGAUGAAGACAACGUGGGGAGUACUGGACCCCCCUGUGGGAAACACAAGACUCAAUGUGGUCAGACUGGUGGCCAGCUUGUUGCAAAGCAACACACACAGCAUCAACACAGAACUCAUUAACCUCAACACACUGGGAGUCAUACUAGUGAGUGGUAGUUUUGUAUUUCUAUGCUGAUUGUUGACUUGAAAUUGGGUAGUGAGUGGAAGAAAAACUAGAGUCGGUAAAAUCAAAUCACCGCUGAAGCUGGCAGAGUAAGAUUUGUGAAAGAGCAAUUUAUUUGUAUUUACCUGUGGUUUUCUAUAAAAGAUGUUCUGGUCCUGUUGAAGGUGGUUAUACUGAUUAUACCCCCUCUCAAGACUGUUUUCUUGGAAAAGACUGUUUCAAGACCAAAUCAUCUUUUUAUACGGGAAAAAACUGACUGGAAAUAAUGACAAAACUCGAUAAUGCUUAAAUCUACGUAAUGUUUGAUGUUUAAUGGUUAGAAUGAGUUUGAAGGGCAAAAUUUUUAAUGAGUCUGAAAUUUAAGAGGGUCAGGAAAAAAAGGGAAGCUGCUCUAUUACUGUCUGAAUAUGAGUGAGUCAUCACUAAAAUUGCUGACCUAUGCUUCAGAACAAGGCAUUGUUGUCACUGAAAACUGAUUGUAGGGGGAACUAAAUAACUGGGACUUGGUGACUGUUACUAAUGUGAAGGACAUCUCACUUAAAUUUUUUUUGUUUUCUCCACAGGAUAUGUAUUUUAAAUACAUCUGGAACAACUUCCUCCACAUUCAGGUGGAGAUCUGUACAGCCAUGAUCCUGGCUAUGCCCCCAGCCCCCACUGACCCCCAGCCAGACACAGAGCAAGAACACGCAAGGGAGAGCAUUCUUAUCAAACAUGUAAGUUCUGGAUAUGAGAGAGCUGAUAUUAGCAUCAGUUCAGCAAAAUCAAAGUUCAUAGAAGACAAUUCGUACCACAACUGAACAUCCAGUGUAAACGUUUGGCAAGGCUUUUAAUGCCUGUCUGUAGCAGCUCAUAAGUGCGGCAUUAAUUGUCAAAGAUAUUACACAGUAUGUUACAUUGAAAGAUAUGUGUUGAAGUUCUGUUCAAAAAAGCUGUUUAUAGAGAAUAUUAAACACCAAAAUUUGAUCUACCUCAUGAAAUAGUUUAGACUUUUUGUCAUUGUAGAAGUUUAAAACAUUGCAUAAAUUAUAACAGCAGUUUGUAGGGGAUUGAUACAAUAACCCAUUUCACUGACAAUCAGUGUCAUUUUUGCAUUAUUCGUUGAAUUCCAUUGUUAGGUUCAUGUAUGUUCUGUUGCGUUUUUCCUGCCUUGUAAAAGGCAAAGCUAUCUUUGGGUCCAAUAUGUCGGUGAGUUUAUGCUCUGCAAUGGUAAACCCCCUCAAGUUUAAGUCAGCAGUCCACUUCAUCAUGUCCAUUAUAGAUCUUUAUGUAUUAAAAUUCUCUUUAUUUCCUUCACCAGCUGUUUCAAAAGUGCCAGUUUAUACAGAGAAUCGUAGACGCCUGGAGCUCCAAUGAAAAAGAACAGUAAGUGGUCUGUUGAAAGUAUCACUUUGUUAGUGUUAAGCUCCACCUGAAACCUCAUGGUGGUAGUCGCUUUGCUCUGUGUGGGAGUGACACCCACUGGAUUGGUUCCCUUUGUGAAUGAUGCUCUUAAACCUGGCUGUAGCGUCUUCCUUGGUCCGGAUUCUUGUAAAUAAGAAUCUAUGGUUCCACAUUUCACCCAUUUUUAAGUUAAAGUCCUCAAAUUUUGUCUCAUUUGUAUCUAGUGACCAUAGUUUGAGUUUGGUAGUCUUCUAUUCGUCAACACAUCACUAGUUGUUGCUUUAAUUGGUCAUUGUGCUAAGAGUUGUUAGCCUCAUAGGGCCACAUAGGGCCGCCUUCAGGUGGGGCGGAAUAGUUAGGGAGUGACAGUGUUUUUAAAACAUUGUCAUUCAGUAACAGCUAUGAAUCAUCUUCCUAUUGAUAUCGACGUGUCUGUUUGUUUUAGGGCGGAAGGUGGUCGACGGCGAGGCUACAUGGGUCACCUAACCAGAAUAGCUAACUCUAUAGUUCACAACUGUGACAAAGGCCCUAAUGGACCACAGAUACAACAACUCAUCUCUGGUAAGUACUUGACUUUUUCUGGGGCCUCUUAAGAGUUUAUCUUCCUCUCAGAUACACUUUCCAAAAUACCUGUCUUCCAAAAUGAUACACCCACAGGAUUUGGUAACUGUGAAACUCUUAAAUUCAGCGUCAUGAGACAAUCAGUACUCAUCAGUACAGUCAGGACUAUAAAAAUGCUGUUUACCAAUGAAUAUCUGUUUACUUGGGGGAAUAGUUUUUUCUCGCUCUAUUGGUGGAAAUGAACUUUUGGCUUCACAAAGUCCAACUUGUGGCCCCUUUUAGGAGUUGGGCUGAAUGUCAACAGAUGAUCUGGUCACUCACCAGACUCAUCGGAUUGCAGGGGGACAAAUGAACUAUAAUUUUAGUAACCAGCAGCAUCUCAUACGGGCUUGAUGGGGCCACCCUCAAAAAGUUUCAUUCUUGUACAUCAGGUGAGGACAGAGUCCACAUGUCCUGUCUUUUUGUGGGUUACAGAUCUUCCAGCAGAAGACAGAGAGAAAUGGGAGGCCUUUAUUUCUGGGCAGCUGGCUGACACAAACAAGAGAAACACUGUCGAUCUGGUGAGUUACCUUCGAAACACUGAUGUUCAUCUGACUAUUAUGUUCAUUGUAAGAUACAUUGUUCUGAGUACAGAUCCAACUGGGUGUCAGAGCUCAGGUGUGAGAUGCACAAUGAGACAGUGUUGUCUUUCUUGAAUGUAUUUGUCCUCAGGUGAAUACACACCACAUCCAUUCUUCUAGUGAUGAUGAGGUGGACUUUAAAGACAGUGGCUUUCACCAGGACUCCUCUUUACAACAAGUAAGAGCUAGACACACGAACACCACAAAUACAUAUAUGCACACAAAGCAGGCCCAUAGCCACACAAACCUAGCUAACUGACAAAUAUUCAUUAACCUCUUAGUCUGAUUGAGGAAACCCAGCUUAAAAAAAGAAAAGCAAGAGGACAGUAUCGCCUCAUUAAAGAUGGUCAGUGUGAGACAGUUCAUCUAAAACCUCCAUACCAAUCAGGAAGACAAAAUUACUCUCAACCCAGCCAGAACAAAAAAUUGUAAUCUUCAUCUUUCCUCUAAAGCAUCCCCAAAAUACUGAAGUGAUGAUCAACCACAGAUACUUUGGUCUGUUGUUACACCACAGCCAUCUUUGUCAAAGUGCCAGCGCAGUGUUAUUUAAGUCAGUUGGCCCAAAAAGAGCGACAAAAUGAAACCAUUUGUCCGAACAAAAUUCGAAGUCUAACAGUAACUUUUUUUUUUUUUUUCCGAAGUUCAGUUUCCUGUCAAUAAUGCAACCCUGAUUUCAAGAGAGUUUGAAUGUGAAAUACAAAUGAUACAAAAGAGUGGUAGUUUGCUUCAUCCCUUUUUCAACUUGUGGUUAUUUUGAAACAGAAGUAAUCAAAAAUACAGCAAAACUCAUUCAGUGUCCAGACUGAAGUGUUCUUGUUUUUGUCAAUCAAAAAUAAAUCAAUCACACUGCUUGCAUAUUUGACUAAAGUUUCAUACCAAAUCAAAACCUUUUAGGAUUCAGGGUUGUUGUUUUUUCACUGGCAUUGUGACAUGGAUUAUUGUUAGAGAAAAUUGACAUUUCAGAGUGGCAGUGCGAUCAGUGACUGUUUCUCUAGCGAUAGACACUGACCUUUUCUGCUCCAGCCUUUGUGAAUAGUAAACCACUCAAAUAUAUUAGGACUUAUGUAGCCCCAUUCAGCUGUCAAAAGUACACACCUAUGUAUGAAGUGACUAUGGGUCAUACGCAGUUAGAACACAUAACAUUUUUUGCCAUUUUUUGAUAUUAGUAAUUUAACAACUAAUGGUAUUUUGGACAAUUAUAGCAAUUUUGUUUAAAACUUAACCAAUGUUAAAGCAUUUUGGCGCUCAACUGCAAAUGCAUGUUUGUGCUUUUUUUUAGCUAUUAACCUGUCUAGUCCUCAUGUCAUACUGUUUUUUGAUUUUAGAGUUCAGUUUUUGUAUUUGCUAUUCUCUGCACUGCAAGUAAUGACAAGAUUUGUGUAGCUCCAAGACUAUAUCAUUAUCGUGGUCCUGGGUUUGCCAGGCCUUUUCUGAUUAUCAGAUGCAACAAAUGACGUCCAAUUUUAUUGAGCAGUUCGGCUUCAAUGACGAAGAGUUUGCUGAUCAGGACGAUGUUGUGGAGUGAGUACUCAUCCUGCAUGACUAGAUUCUGUUGUCUUAUUGUGUAACACUGAAGGGAUGUGACAGUAAAGACAUAACAAAGCUGGCAGUGGUGGACAGAGGGAUAGAUAUGUCUUGAUUGAGAGCAUAUGGGUAAAAUUUUGGGGCGAGGGGCACUUCUCCAUUGGCUUCAUGCUCUGCCUCAAUGCUGUGGCAUGUCUUUACACAACAAUGUCAUUUUUCAAAGGCUUUGUAUGUUGACAAUAAAUUGGACACCCAUUACUCUUGAAAAUUAACAGCUAAAACUAAUGCAAUCACUAGCAUGGCUGCAAUAAUGAUGACAAAUGCCACUCCAAGGAGAAACCAUAUCCAGCUUUUGUGUUGUCGUGUGCUGUCACUAUGUACACUCUUUAUGACAAGCUAACUGGGGGAGUGGGGGGGUUAAUGUUGUGCAAAGGUUGUGGGCUGUGGAAGAUAGCUGGUAGUUGCUGAGUGAUCUAAAAUGUCAGUUUGUGUUGUGAAUCCCAGUCUUUGUUUUUCUUCAUAUAUCUUUGGCUUGGGGUAAUCAGACUAUGAAGAAGACCUUUUUCAUCGGCUGGUCAAAAUCUGUUUAUGAAAUUCUGAAAUCAAUAAAAAUUAUAGUUUUUUUAUAUGGAUAACUUAGAAGUCCAGUUGAUUUGGAUUCAUGGAAAGAGACUGGAUGUCUCAUUCACUAGUAAAUACUUAAGGGUAAAAGUAGACGGCAUUGGUAAAAACAACAACAUAUAGCAGCAGGCGCACUCCAGCACAUAGGAGGUCUUUGAUUCUAUCUCAUAAAUAAAAUAAAAGAUCUUUCUUCAUACUGUCAGUGAAGACUACUGUAGAGUAUUGACAGAACCCAGGCUCAAUGAGGACAGCUGUAAACAAACAGCAACAGAUAAUGCUGCAAAGCGACCCAGUGACCCAUGGUUUAUUAUGAAAUUUUCAAGUGAAUAAAGGGGUCAACAAAAAGAAUAAUUUAUGCAUGUCAGUUAUUUGCCUGUCAUCACGAAUCUGUCACUGGUAGAUACAGUGGGAUGAUUGAAAAAGUAAUUUGGGAUGUUUACUACCUGUUUAAAAUCUUUCCUUUCUUUCUCUAAUGGUUAAGAAAAGUGGGGUCAUAGAAUCGCUUCAUUGCCUGUGUUGUUGGUCUGGUGUGGUGUCGAGCUUAAACUGGUUUGAUUUCAUAUGAUCUGGCUGAACCAGCAUUUGCCAUGAUGAUUUGUGAUAAUAAUAUUUAGCAAACUCAAGAGUGCCUUCCAUAAAUCAGCUGAAUCCCAACUGUAUUCAUUAGUCAUAUACAAUUACACAAUAUUAUUGAUGUUUUUUGUUGAUGGACAAGGGAACUUGUGACUUCCUGAGGUCCAAAAAAUAAAAUAAAAUCAGUACAGCAGUCAGGAUGGAUGCUUAAUUUCAUAUCAAACCAGUUUAAACAAUUAUACGCCGUCCUAACUGUAGAGGAGUAGUGGAGGAAACAUGAUCAGGUGCUUAGAUUUAAUGACUUGGGUUUGUUGACUGUAAUCAGAUGAUGUGAAUGUGGAUUAUCUAGUUAAUGUGUAUAAAGCAAACUGCUCAUUUGACCUCAAACACCUUUUUUUUUUCUGGUUAAAUAGAAACUUUCCUUUUGUUUGUAAAUGGAAACACUGGAAGUCUCCGGGAGGCUUUCUCAUUGAAGUCUCCCUGAGGUCUUGGCUAAGUCUUGACUCUGUAUUGAGCUUGACUUACUUUGGGCAUCAAGGCAAACAAUCGCUUGAUUGAUUAAAAAAUCAGAAACAUUGGGUACCCAGUGACGUUUUUGACUUUCCACUACUCAAAUCUUAGUUUCUUUUAACAAAGUGUGUUUCUGUUCUUUUUUUUUGUGACUUGUUUACAAACCCUAACAUGCAUGUUGAGAAAUAGUCUUUUGAAAAACAUGUCUUUUAUUAUAUUGUUGUUGUGAACCUAGCAUGGGGGGGAGAAAAAAUGUUUUUAACUGAAAGUGUUAAAGCUAUCUGUUUGAGCCUGUAUGCCUGUGAGUUGCAAUAUAUGUGAAUGCCUAACGACCCUAACUAAACUAAACUCUGUUCUCUUUAACAUUGCAGUAUUCCCUUUGAUAGAAUAUCAGACAUCAAUUUUUCACUGAAUACAAAUGAAAGUGUAAGUACUUAUCAUUAAUUUUUGAUUCACACAUACACAAAGAGAAGAUGAGACAGAUAAAAUUAAAAUCCAUAUAAAUAGUAUCUAGAAGGCAUGUUACAUUUGAAUUAUUCAUUCGACCACUCAUUCAGAAGAAGAUGUGACAGUGAGAGAAAUCUGCAUUUUUCCUUAGCAACAAAUGUUCAGCAGGUGUACAGAAUAAAUCUCACAUACCUAGGUUCAUAUUGGCAUUUCUGUCAGUCAGAACACAGAGUCUCCUGACCUUCAUUUGUGAAGCACCACAUCCUUAUAGCUUCAUUCAAAAAUGUAAAUACAGUCAUUGUGUGUUGUAUUCUGCACUAUUUUAUUGGUGUUUUUUAGAAUUCUGUCUAUUUUGAUGGAUAUUGUUUUAUUCAGUAUGUGGUCUGUGUGUUAAUUUUCCCCAGGCAAAUAUAGCUUUGUUUGAGGCUCGCUGUAAGGAGAAAAUCCAGCAGUUUGAAGAUGCUGGUUCAGAUGAGGAGGAUAUCUGGGAUGAAAAAGAUAUCACCUUCGCACCAGAGGCACAGAGACGCCCAAGGUCAGCUGCUCACACAAACGAACAUGUUUGCCAUAUUUUAACGUUUUACUGGAAUACCUCGCUAAACAAAUUGUCAAUAUGAUUUAAAGACUUGUUUAGUGAUUGUUACAUCUUCAAAUAUUUUCUAGUCUUAGAUGGACCUCUAAUUUUCUCCGUUACAACCGAACAAACUGUUUCUCUAAAAGUCAAGUUAUUUCACACGUUACAUGAAUAAUCAAUACGAUCAUUACCUUACUUAGUGUUUCUUUUCAGUCUCGCUGAAAUGACACUAAAUGAAUCUGGACAGCUUGCAUUACUUCAAAUUUCCUAGCAGGGGCCCCAACAGUCGAGCUGUGUACAUACAGAUACAGUCUUACUUGUGGAGCUCAACACCUUUUGUGUUCCCAAGUGUAAAGAGUGGCCUCUGACCAUGUUGACUGAUUCAAACCAUGUCCUUCUCAGGAGCUCAGGCAGCACAGACAGUGAAGAGAGCACAGACUCAGAGGAGGAGGACGUGAAGCGAGAUCCAUUUGAAGCUUCUAACCCCAGCACAGAUGACAGAAUGGAAGUCGAUACAGGUUUGUCAAACCAGAAGUCUGAGGUGUAAACCAUAGACCACGUGUAAUGGUUUAUGGACUGUACUGAUAGAGUUGUGCCUCUCUUGUCUGCGCAACUACAUCAAGUGCAUGUCAACAUUCACACACACACACUUUUUUAUAUCUGCAAGAGACCCUGAAAAUACGCAGGCAGGACCUUGUCCUGCUCAUUUGUACCAGGGUAGAAGGAAUCAGCUAUUUUGUCCCCCUCCUGCUGUGGCUGGUAGAAUCCAACACUAGGUUUUAUUUUUACCAGCUGCAAUAACCAAGGCUGGAUCUAUUCGAGUUAUGGGCUAUACUGUGAGGAUAAACAUUCCAACAAUUAAAGAAAUGUUUGCCUCUAAACAUAAAAAGCUCAUUCUGUUUAUCUCAGUUGAUUAGUUUGAGGGUGAUCAGUGCCUCCAUUACAGCCUUAUUCUCAGAGGCUGAUUCAGCUGUAACUUAACCGUGACGGUGAGGAAAGAGUUCUUAUAUUGAGCUUAUAAUGAUGUCGGCCUGCAACAGGAGUGUCAUCAUAGUCGUACAUAUUGCUGCUGGAAACCACAAACACAUCACACAUCAGUGUUAUGGGACUGAUCUGGUUAAAUAAAGGUUAGAUUAGAUGAAUUUUUUAAAAAAAAGACUGCAGCUCUGCUGGAACUAUAAAUGAUGUUAAUGUAUAUGGAGGUGGCUGUCGGACUGUUUUCACAAUCUAGUUAAAGUAUUUCCACACUGCUGACGUUUUUGCCACAGGGUUGCUAAUGCUAAUUUGAUCGACUGUCUUGGGUUUUUGCUUUUGUCUUUGAAUCAUCUGUCCCUGGGGGGUCACUGCGGUCUACAGAAUGGAUGUUGUAAUCUGGCAGGCGGCACACAUGUGUGUUCAUGCAAUAAAGUUUAAGCCCUGGUUAAGGUUACACAACUUAUACUUCUGUUCAUUGUUGAGAGCAUGCUCAGUGACGAAUGGCAUAGAUGAUCGAUUCAAAUUGCAGAUCCAAUAAGUGACAACCUGGUUUUGGAGAUUCUGUGAUGAACAUGUCUGAAAUUCUUUGUAUUUGUCAUUAAUAAACAAAGUUUUACUGAGUUCGACGUUAGCUGUGUUUUCAGUUUCACCCUAGAAAGCUGUAGUCUUUACAGUUGCCCCUUUGACCAGGAGCUUCACAGUUAAAGAGACCUCAAAGGCUGCUUGGUUUAUCCUUGAUUUAUACAACACCAUAGAUCUUGUUUGAGGCUGUUAUAUUACAUAACAAGCCACCAGUAUGACCCGGGGUCUGAGUUAAGCUGAGACUGAGAUAUUGGCUCCCUAAACAGGUUUUCCUUCAGCUAGGAAAAGGAGCCAGCUGGUAUCCUAGAGCUUAUAGGACUGUGUGAUACCUUACACCACUUAGAGUAACAGAACACGCCUCAGUGUUUCAUUAUAAGCUUAGCCCUCUUAGACUAGAAUCACUGGUGUAGGGGCGGAGAAGGAUGUGGUAAAUACUCCAAUCUACACACAAAAACACACGCCUACUUUACAAAAAUCUGUUCAUCCACCUUUGAAUUCAGAUAAAAGACAAACCCACAGUUGUGUCUUCUCAAGUCUUGGCCAUCACAUGAUCCACCCAUAUAGUUGAAACCCUAACCCUGUCUGUUUUUUUUAAACCUUACUUUCUCUGACCAAGUUUAAUUUUCUAAUCUAUCAUCAUGUAUAAGGACCAGUUUGGACAGCCAACUUUGAUGACAUCCCCAUGGACACAGGUACAUCCACAGCCCCAGCCUCCAGCCCCAACAACCCUUCUGCCCCUUCAUCCUCGACAGAAGUCCUUCCUGAUGCAACCUGGAGCGCCUCCUCUGCUGCAGCCUCCAACUCUGACACAGGCUGGGCCGAUUUCUCUAACUUCACCCCUGUCAGGUAGGACCUCACAAGGCUGCGUCGUGAAGAUUGUUGUUGCUUUUGAUUGUGAGCAUUUCUUAAUAACCUUAUAAAAAUAUGUUCUCUUCUAGCCCGAAAGACCCUCUAAGGUGCAACUCUCCUGUUGCUAUGGAAACCAGCAUAGAGACAAUGGACCCUCUGGGGGUUAAUGCACCUAUGCAGCCUGAAGGUGAGAUUUGUGGCCCUUUGGUACAACAUAUCCCAAGAUAAGUGAUUCUGUAGAGAUAUGACGCUUUCUUUCACCUUUUCAACAUCCAUCAGACUGUGACGGUUGGUUGGGUGCAGGUGAGGCUUCUCCCUCCUCCACCACACCUAAGGAUUGUGGGAGAACCAAGGCAGCAGAGGAAACCGCCUGUAGUGAGCAGCGCAGCAUCACAGAGACGGUCAUCAACGGCUCCAUGAAAGAAACAGUCAGUCUUACUGUUGACGCCAAAACUGAGACUGCCGUCUUCAAGAGGUUCGACAAAGGCAUUCCAAUAUUUCCACAUAAUUAGAAUGAAAGACGCAUGAAAAAAAAACUGAAUGAAAGAAUACAGGUAUAAUAUCCAGCAACUUUUUUCCUCCCGACCCUCUCAGGAAACUGCAGCUUGAGCUCCUUUAUAAACAGGACAGAAACAUCAGACUGACCCAGCGGCAUUAGAGAAAAUAAAACACUUUGUUGAGGUGCUUGAGCACUUCGACCAAAUGCUUGCUUCAUGCUCUAGAUAAAGAAUGAUUCAUGAUUAAAGGAUAAGAACUACAGCUUGUUGUUCACAGUUGUUAGUGUAUUUGACAGGAUUUCACAGUACAGCAGGGUUUGUUUUUUCUUUUUUGGUUCUUUCUUGUUUUCAGAAUAGUUUCUGCCAUGGUUUUUAGGUUUUAAGUUAUCUGAAAGAUGUUCACUAAAACAGAAGCCUGUACCUUUUGUGGUCUUCAGGCAACUUUCAAGUAAAAAAAGGCUUGUUUUAUGGCAGGGUUUCAAAAGUUUGAAUGUAAAGUUCAGUACGUUUUUAUUGGUGGACCUUUCACACCUAAAGUCCUGAUAGCAUACAUAAAUACAUGGACUCAUGCAUCUAUAGUCCUAGCUCUACUCUACAAGUAAAGUAGCUGCAGGGUUUUCAAACUUGUUUCAAAGUUGCCUGUCCUCUGUCCUUCUGUCCCCUUGUUUAUGCUGCAUUAUAACGUCCGUCUGUCUGUCUGUCUGAGUAAAUAACAAACUGUCUGAUGAACUGAGCGACACUUACAACCUGAGCUUCCCCUCUCUCUCUUGCUGUGCGUUGUGGGUGUGGUCUCCUUCAGAGUGUUGAAAUCUUAUCGGUAUGUACAGCCAAUCAGAGAUCAGCCUGCAGCCGUGAUGUAGUCUUGUUGUCACGUCAACCACCAACUUUUCUUUCCCAAUUUUGAACUUCUUCUUCUUCUUCUUUGGUUUCAGCUCCUUGUUUGUUUAUUUCAUUAUCUCCAUUCUGCAUGUUUUUCUACCAAAGGUGUUUUUGUCCAAGUGCAGUUUUUAGUUGAUUUAGUUUUCAAGUGGCUUUUAUGUACAAAGAGUAAACAAAUACAAGACCAAACAAUCAGAAAUUAAAGAGGGGCCUUAACCAGAUCAGAUUUUUAUUCGCCACAAACUCUUGUGUUGAUUAUUAAUUUCACCUCUUUUGUUUUGAAGGCUCUGCCAGUUAUUGAAUUUUGCCUCUUACAAUCGUCUCUGUCAUAACUUUGUGAGUUCAGAUUGAAAUGAAAGGUGUCACUGUGUAGAGUAAAUUCAUGUAUGUUCACAGUUAGGACACUGGAUAUGUAUGAAUGCUUAGAGCGCACAAGCACAAAAGAGAUUGAUCGUGUUGAUUUGUAAACACGUGUUUAUCGGUGGCAUGCAAUCUUGUCAUCAGGCUCAGACUGCACAAACUUGUGACCACAGAGUAAGUUCAAACUGUUGUGGUUAAAUGUUUUCACUUUUGUAUUUCGGUUGUAACGGUCUGAAGAUUCAAUUUCAUCUCAUCCUUUUUAUUAAAUAGGGUUUUAAUAGCUUGAGUGCUGCUUAUCUGAGCUGCUAUUUAGCAGAUUUAGGUACAGAGGGUACUUGCACCCUACAAUCUAACAGUGCAACAUACUUGUCUCACUUGACUGUGCAUCUCUGGUUUAGAUGAUUGAAACAAUUCUUUAUGUUUCUGCAUUUAACUGCUAGGGAUGUUGAUCAACCUUUAGAGCUGACAGAGAUUUCCUUGAGAUUAAACUAUUAAAAAAAAAAAAAAGUUACUGCCAAUGUGACAAGAGAGACUUCUUUAGGAGUCAAUUCUUCCCAUGACCAUACAAAAGUAUAUGAUGCCAUGUUGCAAUUUAACCUGAAUCUGGAGACAGCUCUGCAUUGCUAUCAACUGCAGGAGUUUGUUGGAGAGAAAAUGUCUGAAACCAUAAAUCUGUAGUAGUUGUAAAAUCCGUUUAUUGGCAUCUUGUCCACCCAAUAGAGUCCUUGUAAAAAAAUACAUGGCUCUUAAUGUGCUAUAACUGUUCAUCUUAAAGAUAAAAUUAAAUGUACUUUUCUGAAAUGAAAAACGAAAAAUGAAAUCCUUGUCCAAAUAAACUUGUGGCGCCUCUGCUUUGAUAAAGACACUUUUUCACAAAGUUCUUCAAGAUAUUUUUGACUUAGAUUUUAUGCAAAUACUUGACACUCAUCUGCUGACAUGCAGCAAUUACAAACAGAAGAGAUUGACCAAGUAAUUGAUUUGUCUUAUUAACCAGCUUCAAUGGGGUGUUUUACAGCACCUGAUGAAAAGAAAACACAAAAAAACAGAACAUUCAAAGUUAGGUUAAGGAGAAGCGAUCCAUUUAAGCCCCUGGAGUUUCCUAAAGUUUAAAGUUGAAUUCUUGUAAAUACUUCGUAAUGUUCCUUUUAACGACACCUUAAGAUUUUAGAGUAAAACACUGCAUUUGGUGAAAAAGGCAAUAUUCUAAAUCAGCAACAGUACAGAGGUUUAGGUUGCUCCUCAAAGUUGGAUUAUAUUUGGAUGUUUGUGGGUGUUUUGCUUUGAGGCCUCAUCAGGAUUAUUGGUGGUUCUCUGAGACAAAGCAAGGCUGACGGCUGGCACAAUCUAUUUUGGUCUAAUCGGUGUUCAAUCAGUUUGUAGGCCUGCCUGCUUUCUGCUGGCUGUGUAGCUACAAAAUAAAUAGCAUUUAGCCAAACGACCAAAAGAGUUUUCAAACUUUCUCCAUUUGCUGUACAUUUUGAUGCUUUUCCUCCAUCAUGUUCCUAGUUUCCCAUUUCAACACCUCCAUCCUUUGUUUUACUGUUCAGCAUGCAUCACUGUUCACACCUCACUGUGUUUUGUGCGUGUGUCUCUGUGAGUAGAGUGGCUGGUUUGAAUUGCCACAUAUUGUUAAUGUAUAUCUGUGUUUUUGUGUGUGUCUCUGUAUGUGUUACAGUGAUGAAGAGAAGAGUUCUUCAGAGAAAUACGCUGUAGUGGAAAAUGUGGAAUCGGAGAGAACAGGCCUCAACAGCUCAGCCACAGCCUGCUGUCCAAAAACAGGGUCAGACACAACACACGCACACAUACUGUACAGUCAACACUAUACAACCUGAGUGAGAUGUGUUGUGCAUUUUCUAAAACACCAAGGCUCAUUUUAAACAAAUCCACACGAUCGUUCUGCUUGAUAAAUGUUUUUUAUUUUUUAUUUUUUUUCUGUGUGUAGCUGAGAUUUACGGAGCCCAGGAGGUGACAUGAACUUUUUUUUUUUUUUUUAAUUCGCACGUGUGAUUUAGUAUCUGUAACAUGCGUUUUAUUUGUAUCUUACCCAUGCGUUUUUGUGAAUAAUUAUUUUUGUAAUAAUUUGUGCAAGAAGAAGGACAGUGUCAUGGACAGAGAUCAACACUUUCUUUUAGGUAUGACUCACAAAGAGAUACUUCAUAGCUUAGCCACAUUUGGUAUUGUUUUGAAUAGGAGACACCUCAUCAGGAUCCUCAAAGUACAGCGACUUUGGUAACGGUGAUAUUUGGACUUGCAGGAAGUGAUUUUGUUUAUUAACGUACAGUUAAAUCGCAUGUGCAAUACAAUAAAACGCACGUGCGAGAUACUAAAAUGUAUGUGCAAGAUACUAAAUCGCACAUACGAAUUUUAAAAAAGAAGUUAAUAGCACCUCCCCAGCUCCGGAUAAAUGAGACAUUAAAGAUUCCAAAAUCAGAUACAGUGAAAGUUGAUGCUUCUCUGUUUCUGUAAAGACUUGAUCUACCCAAAAGCAAAGCCAGAUGUAUUGAUGCAGCAGGGAUACAUGCAAAUCCAGACUGACAGAGUUCUGUUUUGGUUACAUUUAUCAGGGUUGAGUCUCUUGACUGUUAACCAAGGUCUUCUCAAUGACCUGCAUCAAGAUAAAGACUUUAUCUGACGUUUCAUUUGACCUGUUUAUUGCAGUUAAAUCAAAGCAUGUUUAGCUUUGGUCUAUGCUGCCCUCUGUGCUAAAUACCAGCUAACCUGUGACUUGCAUGACAAGGUGUAAGUGCACUCAGCAGAGACAGAUGGACAGGCGCCUUGCAUCUCAAACAGAAAAGUGUCCAUCUCAGAAAUCCUGGUACUGAUCUUUGUAGGUCAUCAAUCUGGACGCUGGUCAGCUUCAAGUAGCUCAAAACAGGAAGGAGAGUUAAUCCGAUCACAGAUCCUGGAGAAGACAGAGAUUCUAACUAAGCUGUCUUUACUGAAGGAUGAUGUUCUGAACCCAGAGAUGACUGAGAUUACUUUUCCUAAGUGUUGUUGUGGAUAGCUGUAAGUGGGCUGGGUAAAUCAGUGAACAUAAACUACAUCUAAUUGGACUGGCAAAAGUUCUUUCUGCUUUUGGUCAAAAUACAGGUCAGCUGUUUGUAGAUGUACAGUGAGAUGGGUUUAAAUACACCCCAUCUUAAUGCAUCCAAAAGCAGAGUGAGUGGAGCUUUGUAUGUCCUUUUCAGUCAUGAUUUACACAAUCAGCUGACUGAUUUCUAAUGCAAAUAGCUGUUAGAGUGUUACUUUUCCACUCAAACACCAGCUCUUUACAUAAUUUACAUCUUGGCUUCGACACCGUAGAUUAUGGUAGAAAAUAAUGGGUUUUCUCCUCUAUACACCCUGCAAGAAAAACAUGACUUUGAUUAACAGGCAUGCAGCAAAUAUUAGCCCAGCAAAAUGUGUAAGUCAGAGAUGUCAUUCAUUUGUGAUUAAAAAAUGAUGGUUUGACUGUGCCUUACAUUGUCCCAUACCUGAUCUGAAUGAGAUCCUAUGAGCUGAUGCUGAAAUGGGAUGAGACAUGCUGUCAUGUGAACUUUUCUCUCUCUUUUUUGUUACGUCAGCAAUGACAAGUGUCGGUCUGCUGUGGAGCUGCCCAACGGCCCCCUAGAGGAGAUGUCAGCUAUAGAGGAGGCCAAGUAAGUCUCACCAUCCACAGAGCACUUAGUGUGAGAAAGAUCUCCUCCCAAGGGUGUCAAACUCAACCACAGCAAGGGCAAUAAUCUGGAUUUAGGUCUAACCUGAGGGCCAAACAGGGUCAACAUAUAACACAAACUGUCAACCUCCUUUUCAAAAAAUAUGUAACAAAAACAGCAAUUAUUAUAAAUCAUUUGAAAAUUCAAAAAAGAUAAGUUUAAAGGCGAUCUCAUUUUUUUUUUUCAAAUAAAUUUUUAUUAAUUUUUAAUUUUUAUUGUUAUUUUUAUUUAUUAUUUCAAAAGAUCAGAGCAUGAUAUUAAAAAUAGAAAAAUAAUGCCUUUUAAAGAGCAAAUACAUGAGGAGAACGUUGAAAUCGGGUUUCAAAGCUCAAAAUAUGACUUAAAAUUUAAAACUGGAAUCUAAAGUAUAAAAAUGACUCGUCUAAAUACUGAGUUGAACAAAAUCAAAGCAUGAAAUAAAAACCCAAUCAUGUUUGACUUGUAAUCUUGAAAUGCAAAAUUGAAAACAUGAAAUAAAACUCCAUAUAUUUUCCUCACAUUCUUGACUAUUUAUCAAAUCUUCCUUACCCUUUAAUUUCCCAGUUUUUAUUAAGGACAUUUUAAAUAAUGGUGCUAAAGUUUACAUUAUUAUACUGAAGGAAAUCUGCAGACUUCAUACUGGUGGGCCAAUAAUAAUACAAAUAUGAUAUGAUCUUUUGGGCCAGAUAUAAUUGUUCCACAGGCCAGAUUUGGCCCCCGGGCCUUAAGUUUGACACCUGUGUCCUACACUGUGCUACUUCCUGGUACCGUAUUUGCACUUUUUUGUCAUGUAAUUGUAAUAAACUUUUAUCCACUUAAAUAAACUAACAUGCCUGCUGUCAUUUUGCAGAGACACAGGCCGAAGCAGACAUGAUAUAAAAAGCUUUUCUAAGAAAAGUUCAUGGCAAAACAAAACUGUUCAGUUCAAUUUAAAGGCGCAUACUCCACCUGGAUCAUUAAAUAGUCUAAUGUCAAUAUGGCAAAAGACUUCAAGUUAAUGUUAUUAUAUUUCAAAGCGGUUCAAAUCCUUCUUCCCUACCUUCCAGCUGUCAGCAUGCAAUAGUUUAAUUCACUACAAGGAAAUCAUUUGUAGUUUAAUAACUUUGAUAAAGACGUGUUUUAUUUCCUUUUGCCUCCCUUCCCUCUGCAGACUGGACCAGAGUGCCGUGUCAGAGCCAGCUGUAAACGGGCCGGCGUGAAGAUCACCUAAAGCCAGUAAAUAGCCAGCCUGUUCUGCCACGCAGGGCCCUCCUCCUGACCAGCUAGCGGAGACCACUGCUCAGAGCUGUACCAAUCAUAUGAUCCCCCCACCAGGACCAGCAAUACCCCCCCUCAGCUCAUCACUGACAGAGAGACAGACAGACAGACAGACAAACAAACAGGUGUACAGACACAGAACGAACUGCAAAGAAAAAUGUACCCAAACGGAUACAGAAUAAUUUUUUUCAGCAUUUGUUUAUAUACUAUUGUUCUUAUGAGGUGAUGUGCGACUGAUAACUUGCCACUCAAAAUUAAAAUAGUAAUGUUGCUAUAGUUAAAGAAAUGAUUGUAUGAAUAAAAUAUUUUAUAAAAAGAAAAAUGUAUACAGAAACAUACGAUGACUUACCACAGGAGAAGCUGAUUGGUCACCCUGGCGACCUCUGAGCUGCUGUUGCCUGCAGGAUCUGUUAUUCUGCAUCCAACAGUCUGACACUUAAUACAGCAGUUGCUUUAUUGAAAUCCUCACCCACCACUGGUCUGUGUCUCUGAGUAGAGCUGCUCCCAAUGAUUGAACCACAAUUGAAAUCACACUUAAAGUUUUAUUUUGCUGCAGGUAUUAUUUGUAAAUGUUUUUCUCUUGUAUUCUUAUGCAUUGAGUAAGAUUUGACAAGCCUUUUCUGAUAUAAUUUUUUUAUUUAUUAUGAGAGCAAGAUGAUGUUUUGUUACUAAAGAGCCAUACCAACACACCUUCUCCCCUUCUGGCGGGCUGCAUUCAUGCUAAGUGGGUUCUUACCUCGCAGCUAGAAGGCCUUAUUGGAGAGACCUAGUAUGGUGUCACACAGCCUAAACUGGGAGCUGUAAAUGCAUUCUGAGCUUGUGUUUUUAGUCCCAACUAAAAUUAUUCAGAACCA